UGAAAAUUAGAGAAAUAAAUCUUUUAUGUUUGCGAUAGUUUUGAGGGAAACCUUAAAGAAGGUUUACGAAGGUUAAACCUUCGUUUAAUUUGUAAUGAAAGCUCGAAGAAAAUAAAUUAGGUUCUGUUGUUAAAGUGCACAAUAAAAAUAUUUUUAAGAGGAUUUCGUGUAAUUUUGUGUUUCAAGUAAAACGAAGGUUAAGGUUGAAAGUCGCUGUAGGUCGUAACACUGGUCGGACAAGAUAGCAUCAAAAGUUCAACUAUGCGUUUAAUUCGAAACCGAACCUCAGCGACCGCAAGUUGGCAAAAUUUGGGGUCGUUAUGGCAGAACGUACUUUAGGGUGAUAUAUAAAGAGGAGUUUAUUAAGCAGCUACAGUUCGAGUUCCGACAUGAAGCCGGCAAGAAAAACGAGGGACUUCAGCAUCGAAAGUAUUUUGGCGGACAAACGAGAGAAAAGCUGUGAUGUUCGAACAGAAUGUCACGUAACAAAUUUUGAGUGCACAACGAACGCCGUGAGUGAAACAGAAAACUGUGGUGCGAAUUUCCGAAGUGAAAUUAGAUAUGAAAAUUCUGAACGUAACUUUGAAUGUGGAAAUGAAAAUAAAUGUGAUAUGAAAUGCAUUGUGGAUGCAGAGUCAGAUUUUAGAAAUAAGAUUGAAGAAGGAAAUGGAAAAUGUAAUGAAAAUAUUUUAGAAUCCUCUGAGCAAGAAUUGAUUAAAUCAAAUGCAGAUACGACGGUAAUUAUCAGAAACAUCGAAGACGAAUGUGAAAUAAAUUCUAAAAGCUUUGAACAUGAAAAGUUUGAUGCAACUGAAAAUUAUUGUAAAACGAUAAGUUUGAGAAGGGAUCAAGAGAAGAAGUUGAACGAAGAACGGAAGUCGAAAGGAGAGCAAAGUGAUCAGUUUUAUGACAGCAAAUAUUUAAAUAGUGAUUUUGCGGGAAAUCGGUGUAAAAAUUCAAGGGAUUUAAACAGCAGUUGCGAAACAGAAAGUAAAUAUUCGUUUAAGAAUGAAAAUAAGAAAACGGAGUUCUCCAGAAGCAAAACAGGAACACCGGAAGUAUUAAGAGAUAUAGAAAAGUUAGAGUGGCUUCAGUGUACGAGAUACAAACCUCCAAAAAUACCUAGGAAGCCGAUCGGUAAAAAUAAAAGAAAGCCGAGUUUUUAUCCACGAAUACCAUUCUCAAUGUUUCAGCUUGAGUUUCUUGAACAAAAGUUUCGAAAUUCUGCUUAUUUGACGAGGAACGAUGUGAUUGAUAUAUCUGACAUUUUAAAACUCCCGCCUAAUAGGGUAUAUUUAUGAAUUUCAUUUUGUUUUCAAUAAA